GACGUCAUCCAACUGUCAAAUAGAAUAGAAUUUUUAGGAUAGGAAGAUUUUUGAUUACAGUAGAUUUUAAGGUUUAUCGCAUUUUAAAACCAAAAUGGCCAAGAAAACAUACGAUUUGCUGUUUAAACUCCUGCUAAUCGGCGACUCUGGUGUCGGAAAAACUUGUAUAUUGUUUAGAUUUUCAGACAAUCAUUUUACUACUACUUUCAUAUCCACAAUCGGUAUUGAUUUUAAAAUAAAGACAGUGGAGUUACGUGGUAAAAAAAUAAAGUUACAAAUUUGGGACACUGCAGGACAAGAGCGCUUCCAUACAAUCACAACUUCCUACUACCGAGGAGCCAUGGGGAUAAUGCUUGUAUAUGAUAUAUCUAAUGAGAAAACAUUUGAUGAUAUUGUAAAGUGGUUAAGAAACAUAGAUGAGCAUGCAAAUGAAGAUGUGGAGAAGAUGAUCCUGGGCAACAAAUGCGACAUGGAGGAAAAGCGCGUCGUCAGCAAGGAGCGUGGGGAGGCUAUAGCGCGCGAGCACGGCAUCCGGUUCAUGGAGACGUCGGCCAAGUCCAACAUCAACAUCGAGCGCGCCUUCUCCGAGCUGGCCGAGGCCAUCCUGGACAAGACGGCGGGCCGGGAGGCCGACGCCGACGCGGCGCGCAUCGCCGUCGAGCGCCGCCCCUCGCGCGCGCCCCCCGCACGCGCCUGCUGCUCCUAACUCCGCCCCCGCCCCCAGCCGCUCCCGACUCCGCCCCCGCACUCCGCUUACUCUCAGCUAACAUUCGCACGGGCGCGGUCCUAGCGCGGAUUAACAUGCAUUUCUAUGCAUCACUUUAUGUAGCGGUUUUAAUGCGUUCGUCCCUGGAGAGCCGACAACGCUGACUUUAAACGCAGAGUUACAAAACCACCCGUGCGAACGAGCGCUUACAGUCUAUUUUAAAUCAUUGCUGUUAGGCGCAAUUAUGUUUCUUUCGUUAUACUGUUAUUUAUAAACGAUUAGGUUGACAUGCGAUACUUUGCUUAACCGGAAGCCUAUAUGCACGUCUAGUUCGAUGUCCGCAUGUACACAUAAUAUUUUCGAAUUUCAUGUGCACAUUUAACAGACAUUCUAACGAUAAAGAAAAACAUGUCUUAAGCUGCACUAUUUGCGAAGAAAUUCACAUACAUGAGUAAUGCGAACCGACAGCGGUCCAUCUUGUGUCACUUGUCUCCUCAACUCUAUUAAAGCAAAAAUUAUAGAAUCUCCUUUUCUACAAAUAACCCAACACUUUUUAUACUAUUUGUUAAAAACUUUAGGAGGCUUCUAACAUACAAUUUCACAGUACAUAGUAUUACAGUGUCUUAGCUUAAAUGUUAUGAAAAUAUUUCGCCUGCAAUAUACUUGUACUUAAGCCGGUGUUAGAAGUAUAUUGAUACAGUUUUAUAACAAUCUAUUUUAGUAAUAAGUUACAAGUCGUAUAAUUGUACUGGAGUUUGUAUAAGUUUGGGCGAUUACAUAAUGGUCAUUCUAAAAAUUGACGUCGGUCUAGUCCCGCACUGGAACUUGUAGUUUUAAGAUAUAAUUACAUUGGGCAUGCGACAAAGCAGCGUGCGCCCCGCGAGCCCUCGCCCUCGCCCUCGCCCUCGCCGCCCUUCUAGACAUGCACACUUUUAUAGCAUCCUAACUUUAGCUUUGGAUGUGUAUGUUAUCUAAGUGAUUUGUACAGAUACAUUUUCCUUUUACAAUACCCGCCACGCCCCGCUCGGGGUCGAGACCGCCACCUUUUUUGAUAAAGAAAUAUGUAAUUAUUUGUAAUAAUUGAAAGCUGUAAUGCUUUGAUCGUAAUGGCGGGAACAGACUACUUAUUGAGAUUUGUAUGAUGUGACCUGUUACAAUUCAGUUGGCAGUAAACAAUGUCCGCUUUCAUUUUUCCAAUACGUUAUGAUGUAACAAAAUAAUGUAAAAACGAAUGUUGUUGAGAAGGGCGGGGUGGUCCCGCCCCCGCCCCCGCCCCCGCCCACUCAGCUAAUGUAUGUGGAUGUAUGCAAAUCAAUACUUUAUUGUACGGUGUAUGUGUUUCGUCGGUUUUUACCUGCUUUUAUAAAUAUAAAUAAAUAUCGUCGAUGUAUAUUAUGUUCAUAAUAAACUACUUAUCGUGA